CGGAAGGUCAUUCCUCGUGCAAGGGAAGAAGAACGAUGAAUAUUUAUUUAUUCACUUGGAUUUUAAUUUCCCUUCAUUUUCGCCGCCGCCUUCAGCUUACGCGUCUCCGAGAACACGGAGGAGGGUUCGGUCCUUCAUCGUCGCGGCCGCCGGUCAACCUACUUGUUUAACAGCCAAGGGUUGGUGGCGCUGCCAGAUCUUACCCAUGUCGAAGAAGUAGCCGCUGUUCGGGGGAAUAGAUCUGACCAGGAAACAAGGAGCUCCAUUGAUACCAGUUGCUGAACUGUCAAGUGUCAACCAAAUAGACAACCAUGGACAAUGGUGAAAUCGAGAGUGCAGAUGAGGAAAUGCCUUCUCAUAGUGGUCAGAAGUACAGGCCAGUAUUUGCCCACGAAAAAUCAAGUAUACAGAUGACUUCCAUGGAGUCUGGACCUUCUUCAGAGGUACAACUAAAAAAAAUUCUGAUUGCGUCACCGUCAGAGACUGUUUCCAAUGUGAUAGAAGGGACUUCUCAUGGGCACGAUGAGCCUAAUGACACUCGGAGGGAAUCUAAGUUGGAAUUAUUCGGUUUUGAUUCUCUUGUUAAUAUACUGGGACUUAAAAGUAUGACAGGGGAACAAGUUCCGACACCCUCAAGUCCGAGAAAUGGUGGCGAGGAUAUAUCCAUCACCAUUGGACUCCCAAAGGUUGCUAGUCCCAAGCUAGGGACCAUGAUGGGUGUAUUUGUACCUUGUCUUCAGAAUAUCUUAGGAAUCAUAUACUAUAUCCGUUUUUCCUGGAUUGUGGGCAUGUCUGGGAUAGGUGAGGCACUUUUGUUGGUUGCUUUCUGCGGUUCAUGCACCUUUUUGACUGGAAUAUCAUUAAGUGCUAUUGCAACAAAUGGGGCAAUGAAGGGUGGUGGGCCAUAUUAUCUCAUCGGUCGAGCAUUGGGACCAGAAGUUGGAGUUAGUAUUGGAUUAUGCUUCUUCCUUGGUAAUGCAGUUGCUGGUUCUAUGUAUGUCCUGGGUGCUGUGGAAACUUUCUUAGAUGCUGUGCCAAAUGCUGGAUUCUUUAGAGAGUCAGUAAUGGUAGUCAGCAAUAGUACAGCAACUAAUGGUACAACAACUGAAGUUAUAACUACCGUGUCUACUCCUAGUUUGCACGAUCUUCAAGUUUACGGAGUAAUUGUCACUAUACUUCUGUGCUUCAUUGUGUUUGGUGGCGUCAAGAUCAUAAACCGGGUAGCUCCAGCUAUCUUAAUUCCUGUACUUGUUUCAAUUUUCUGCAUAUUCAUUGGAAUUUUUUCUGCUCCGAGGAGUAAUGCUUCAAGUGGCAUAACAGGGUUGAGAGCACAAACAUUUAGAGACAACUGGAGUCCUGCUUAUCAGCGCACUACCAAUGCUGGAAUACCUGAUCCUGAAGGAUCUAUAUAUUGGAACUUCAAUGCAUUGGUAGGUCUAUUCUUUCCUGCUGUAACAGGAAUUAUGGCUGGUUCAAAUCGCUCUGCGUCAUUGAAGGAUACACAGCGCUCUAUUCCUGUUGGAACAUUAGCUGCAACACUUACCACCUCUUUCCUAUAUUUGAUAUCAGUACUUCUGUUUGGAGCCUUAGCCACAAGAGAUGAGUUGUUGACAAACCGGCUUCUGACUGCUGAAGUUGCGUGGCCUCUUCCAGCAAUUAUAUAUGUGGGGAUUAUUCUUUCCACUUUGGGUGCAGCACUUCAGAGUUUGACAGGUGCACCACGCUUGCUUGCUGCAAUUGCAAACGAUGACAUUCUUCCUGUUCUCAAGUAUUUCAAAGUUACAGAAGGAGGAGAACCUCAUCUAGCAACUCUCUUUACAGCCUUAAUUUGUAUUGGUUGUGUCAUAAUCGGGAACUUAGAUCUAAUCACACCUACUAUUACUAUGUUCUUCCUUCUAUGUUAUGCUGGUGUUAAUCUGUCUUGCUUUCUUCUGGACCUACUUGAUGCUCCUAGCUGGCGUCCUAGAUGGAAGUUUCAUCAUUGGAGCCUUUCACUUCUUGGAGCAUCGCUUUGUAUUGUUAUCAUGUUCCUUAUCUCCUGGUCAUUCACGGUGGUGUCUCUGGCACUUGCUGGUCUCAUAUAUUAUUAUGUGAGCAUAAAGGGGAAGGCAGGAGAUUGGGGGGAUGGGUUCAAGAGUGCCUAUUUUCAACUGGCUUUGCGUAGUCUUCGAUCUUUAGGAGCAAACCAGGUACACCCUAAAAACUGGUACCCUAUUCCUCUCAUCUUCUGCCGGCCAUGGGGAAAGCUUCCAGAAAAUGUUCCCUGUCAUCCCAAGCUUGCAGAUUUUGCUAAUUGCAUGAAGAAGAAGGGUCGUGGGAUGUCAAUCUUUCUGUCAAUUAUUGAUGGUGACUAUCAUGAACUGGCUGAGGAUGCCAAGACUGCUUGCCGUGAGCUGAGCACUUACAUAGACUACAAGCGCUGCGAAGGAGUAGCUGAGAUAAUAGUUGCUCCAACUAUGUCUGAUGGUUUCCGUGGUGUUAUUCAGACUAUGGGACUUGGCAACCUUAAGCCUAAUAUUGUGGUUAUGCGGUAUCCUGAGAUUUGGCGUCGGGAAAAUCUCACAGAGAUUCCAUCUACAUUUGUCAGCAUUAUCAAUGACUGCAUCAUUGCCAACAAGGCAGUCGUGAUUGUCAAAGGCCUUGAUGAAUGGCCUGGUGAGUAUCAGAAACAAUAUGGGACAAUUGAUCUCUACUGGAUCGUGAAGGAUGGGGGUCUUAUGCUUCUGUUAUCUCAGCUGCUUCUUACAAAAGAGAGCUUUGAGAGCUGCAAGAUUCAGGUCUUCUGUAUUGCAGAAGAGGACACAGAGGCCGAGGAGCUGAAGGCUGAUGUUAAAAAGUUCCUUUAUGACCUCCGCUUGCAGGCUGAGGUGAUUGUGAUAACAAUGAAGUCAUGGGAGGCCCAAAUUGAAGGAGGGGUUCAGCAGGAUGAUUCAAUGGAAGCAUUCACUAGUGCACAACGCCGAAUUGCUGCCUACCUAGCUGAAAUGAAGGAAACAGCCAGAAAACAAGGAACGCCAUUGAUGGCCAGUGGAAAGCAGGUGGUGGUAAACGAGCAACAGGUGGACAAGUUCCUUUACACCACCUUGAAGUUGAAUUCAACCAUACUGAGGUACUCAAGGAUGGCAGCAGUUGUGCUUGUCAGCCUCCCACCACCACCGUUGAACCACCCGUCCUACUUCUAUAUGGAGUACAUGGAUCUCUUAGUUGAGAAUGUGCCAAGGAUGCUGAUAGUUAGGGGAUACAGGAGAGAUGUUGUUACCCUCUUUACAUAGAUUUACUUAAUUUACACUUCACACUUCGUUACUGGUCACAUGACCUUGCAACUAAAAAUAUCAGUUCUUGCAAGGUUGUCCUUGUGUUUCAGAAAUUCAUAGUCAUUCUGUUAUUCCUUCAUUGAACCUGAUGUAAACUGCAGUGUGUUUUCAGUAAAUCAUUCAGUCAUGUACAACUGCCA